AUGGAACCGGGAUUGUUGACAAAAGUUUUAUCUGAUUUUUUAACGAUUGUCGAUGGAGAGCUAAGUUUAUGUAAAGGGGAUCACUUUUUGGUAUAUAGUGUCAUAGAUAAACACUGGUGUUAUGGAGAAUCUCAAGGCAAAACAGGAAAAUUUCCUUCGAGUCAUUUACUUAAAGUAGAAAUUCCACCAUUGCAUGAUAUAGAUUCUUUAUACAUUUCAACUGCUGCCUUUCCAGGACAGCAGGAUGGGGAUUUGUCCUUUUCUCAAGGAGAAAUUAUUAUUGGAGUACAAGAUGUUGGAUCUGGAUGGUACUUAGGUCAAAUAGACACUAGAAAGGGUAUUUUUCCUUUAACUCAUGUAUGGCAACUUGACAUUAAAUUAUUGAAGAAAGCUGCAGAGAAGAAAUAUAUCAGGAAAAAAGCUAAAAUAAAAAUUAGUUUAGAAGCUCAACUUGAAGGAGAACUUGAUUUGAUAGAAGGUCAAGUGGUUACUGUUACAGAAACUUUUUGUGAUGGUUGGUGUUACGGAAUAACAGAAAAUGGCAAAGAGGGGACAUUUCCAGAGGCAUUUAUAUCUUAUAUAGAUGAUGAUACAAAUGAGUCAGAUGUAGCAUGUACAAUAGACAAUAAUCCCACUUCUGUAACUAAUAAUGAAAGAACAUAUACAAACAUUGAGGAAACACCUUCUACAAACUUAUCUAUUGAGGAACCUGCACCAAAUUAUUAUGACUUAUUUCCUGAAUUAAAACCAGUUUCUUCUGGAACAGAAAACUCUGAAAAUGCAAGCAACUUCAAUAUCUUAGAUGUAAAACCAUAUGCUAUAACUUUAUAUCCAUUUAAUGCUCAAUUUCCAAAUGAGCUUAGUUUUGAAGCAGGAGAAGUGGUACAUCUCAUUAAACAUAUAGAUUCAGAAUGGAUGGAGGGUACAAUAGAUAAUAAAAAGGGCAUUUUUCCUAUGUCUUAUGUUAACAUUAUAGUAGAUUGUAAUGAAAUUAUUAAUGAACAAAAUUUGAUUAAUCAAGAGACACACAACGUGGAAUAUAAUGAGUUAUUGCCUGGUACUCAAGCAAGAGUGGAGUACACUUUCAAAGCUCAGAUGGAUGGGGAUUUAAAUAUUUAUGAAGGUAAUACAGUUACAGUAAUUAAUAUGGCAAAUGCAGAUUGGGUUAAUGUUGAAGAUCAUUCUGGAAGAACUGGUUUAUGUCCAAGGGGUUACAUAAGUCCCUUGCCUACAGAGUUAUCAGAUUCUACUGAAAGUAUUUUAAAAGAUUUUAUAAUAAUACCACAUGAAGAAUCAAGCUCUAGAAGAACAGAAGAACAAAAAACAAAAAGACUUUCAGAACCACAUAGACCAGCACCACCAGUGCCAGCUCCAGGCAGAAUACCAUUACAAAAGAAUACAACAGAAACUAACAAAAUUUCGUGUAACGUUAAUGCGCAAGUUGAUAUUGCUAGUAAUAAUAAUUUGGAAAGUAAACAAAAAAGGGCAGAUCAAAGACAGAACGUUAUAUCAGAAUUAGUUAUCACAGAAAAGGAAUAUGUACGCGACUUAAAAUUAACAUAUGAGACAUUCAAUUUAGAAAAUCCAAGUCAACUAGAAUUUUUGGGAAUAAAUGUUACCACGCUAUUUGGAAACCUUUAUGAUGUUAUUCAAGUUGCAGAACAACUGUUAGAUACAAUACUAAAAGCAAUGAAGGGAUGUAAUGAAGAAUUACAAACUGUUGGACCUUGUUUUACACAAAUGGCAGAAAAAUUAAAAAUCGUGUAUGUAAAGUAUUGCGCAAAUCACGAGGCUGCGUUAAUAAUUACGUAUUUCGUUAUAUUUCAUCAGUAUGAAGAUAAUGAAGAAAUAAUGAAAGUAUUUAACAAAGGUGUUGAAAAAUUACGAUAUCAAGCAAACUGUUUCGACAUGAGUUCGAUCCUUAUAAAACCAGUACAAAGAAUAUUAAAAUAUCCUCUUAUUUUAUAUGAAUUAGUGAAGUGUACCGACGACAAUCACCCUGAUAAAUAUGAAGUAGAGGAAGCAUGGAACACCAUGACUGCUGUAGCCAGUCAUAUUAACGAGUACAAACGUCGAAAAGAUUUGGUGUCUAAGUAUUUGGACAAUGAAAGCACAUUAAUGAGGAAAAUGGCUAAACUUAGUAUGCAUUCCGUAGCAAAAAUGUCUACGAGAUUAAGUACGCGAUUAACCGCAAGUUUAGGACUAACAAAUGUUGCUGUUGAUCCAGAAUUUUUGGAACUGGAGAAACAAUUUAGAUCUGUUGAAAAAUGUAUUUUACAAUUAACGAAAGACGUUGAACAAUGUCUUCUAUAUUUAAGCGAGGAAGCUAACUCUGGAAAAGUACUAUCAGAUUUAUUGAUUCGGUAUUACCAAGAAACAUCAGACAUUGAAGUAGAGAAACUUAGAGACAUAAGAUCUACAAUUCAGUUACAAUUCAUAGAAGAAUUGAAAAUGUGUUUGAAAAGUAGAGUCAGUACACCGUUACAUGAUUUAACAAUGUUAUUAGAAGGACCUGCAGUGUUAAUAACAAAAAGACAUCACAAAUUACUUGAUUAUGAUGCUGCUAUUGCUAAAAGGGAAAAGUAUAAAGAAUCAAGAUUUGCACAAGAUGAAUUGACAACAACAAAAAGUAAUUAUGAAGCCUUAACAAAUCAACUGUUAGAAGAAUUGCCAAUUCUGAUUGAUGCAGCAACAAAAGUGUUAACUUCAACUCAACUCUCAUCUCAAGAUAUUUUGGAGUCAUUUCUGGUUAAUCAUAGUCUAUUAUGGAAUCAAAUAACACGUUUCGCAUUCGCUGGUACAAAUCCAAAGAUAGAAGAAGCAGAAUCCACGUGGCGGCCACAAAGUGAAAAAGAGAGAACGACAUUAAGAAAUAAAUAUUCCAGUGACAAAUUAUAUGUUGUUACAGAAAAUGUAGUAAGCACUACAUUUUUGGAUAUGGGUGCAGCACAUGGAACAUUAGUUGCAGUAAUUAAAAAACAAGAUCCUAUGGGUGAUACAUCCAGAUGGUUUGUAGAUAAUGGAGUUGCUCAAGGAUUUUUACCUUCUAAAAGUUUACAACUUCAACAAGUGCCACAAUUUGAUUUAUCUAAUAACGUCACUGCUACGCAUAAAUGUAAUAGUAAUACAUCUAUGCCUGAUCUAAUUUGCAUGGACUCUCCAGAAAAAGAAUGCAAACCCAUAUCCCAAGACCAUUUUCAAGAAUUACUGGAUCUUAAUAUUAAUGAAGAAGUAAAAAAAGAGACCCAUUAUUAUGGGAAUAUUCAACAAAUUCCAAGAGUUCAACAAUACCAAAAUUUAAGUUUUGAUUUUUACUAUGCAGUGUAUGAGUUUUCUGCAAAUAUACCUGGAACAUUGCCUGCUGUUAAAGGUCAAGCAUUAAGGCUUGUUAGACCUCAUGAUGAAAAGGGAAAUGAAGAAUGGUGGCUUAUGGAGGAUCGUUAUGGUAAUAAAGGUUACAUACCUCAAAACUAUUUAAGUAAACGACCUACAGGAAAACAGUAA